AUGAACCAACCCCAGGAUCCCCUCGCAUCGUUUCUCCUGAGUGAAGUGCUGUUUGCCAACCAGAGUGCCUCUCUUCCAGCGAUGGAAGUUCGAGUGGUCCAAGAUGAAGCUCGUGGUCACCGACCAAAGAAGACUGCCACACCAGUGAUGAGCAGUCUCAACAACAGUCUCUCGCGCUGGGAAGCUCCAGGCAUUAUCCGACCCAAGGAAGCUCUGCCAUUGGGAAGACUGUCACACAUCAUGCCCUUGAAAAAGCCACAGCGAGCUCUCAGCGAAGACAGUGUUGCCAGCACGGAGUCUCGGUAA